AUGCCUUCUGAAGUAAUUCAAAAAGAAAACGAUAUUAGUGUAGAUGCAAAAGAAAAUAUUGAACAAUUUGAUAUAAAAUCUAUGAAAAAUGAAAGUAAUUCUCAAGAAAUAAAAAUAGAAGACGAAGUGCAGUUAAAUGAUAAAUCAAAAGUUCCAGAUGAAUUAUCUGAACAAGAAAAUAAGGAAAAUCAGGAACCUAUUAUUGACGAUGUUGAAAAACAAAAAAAGCAAGCUGAUGAACUUCUAAUAGAUGGUAAACGUAAUUUUAUAGUUAAAGAUUUUCAAGCAGCUGCAACCGUUUUAAGUGAAGCUUGCAGUCUUUUUGGAACUGUUUAUGGUGAAAUGGCUGAAGAAUGUGCAGAAGCUUAUUUUAUGUAUGGAUGCGCUCUUCUUGAACUUAGUAAAGUUGAAAUAAAUCCUAUUGGACUUGAAGAAAAAAAAGAUGAACAUGAAAAUGAUUCUACUGAAGAAAAAAGUUUAACUGAAACCAACCAAAUUAAUGUUAUUAACAAAGAGACUACAUUUGAUGGCACAAAUGAAGUACAAGAAAAAUCACCUGAAAAAGUAUUAACUGAAAUGGAAGAAAAACAAGUUGAAUUAGAAGAAAAAUUAUCUGAAAAGGAAAAAAAAUCAGAUGAACUAGAAAAUAAAGUGACUGAAAAGGAAGAAAACCCAGGUAACGUAGAAGAUGAAUUAACUAAUAAAGUAGAAACAAAUUUAAAUGAAGAAGAAAUGUCUGCUGACGAAGAAAUGUCUGUUGACGAAGAAGAGAAACCAGAUGAAGAAGUUGAAGAUGAUGUAAAUGAUUUACAACUCGCUUGGGAAAUGCUUGAUUUGGCCAAAGUUAUUUAUAAGAACAAAGAUACGGAAGAAUCAAAACUGAAACUUGCUGAAGUUUUAAUGAAGUGUGGAGAAGUUAGCAUUGAAGAUGAAAAAUUUGAAACAGCCUUUGAAGAUAUGACAGAAUCAUUACAGAUUAGAAGGUGAGUACAACUUUUCAAAUUUGUUUAAAAUGCCUAAUAAUGUAUUAUUCAAUGUAAUUUGUAUAGGUUGCUAUUACCAGAGGAUAGUCGUAUUAUAGCAGAAACUUUAUUUCAAUUGGGUUUAGCACAGGAGUUGGGUGGAAGUAGCGAACGAGCUAUUGAAUUAUUAACUGAAGCAACAGCUGUUUUGAAUCAAAGAAUUAAAACUUUAGAAGAAUUGACUGAUAAAAAUAAUGAAACCAUAGAAGAAAUGGCUGAAGUUAAAGCUGUUAUUCCUGAAAUACAGGAAAAAAUUGUAGAUAUCAAAGAACGUAAAAGAGCUAUGAUGGACGCAUUGCUGACUGCUGUAAGUGCUAAUAGUGCAGUAAAAACAAAUGGCAGUGGGUCAUCAACUACUACACUGGCAACUAAUAUCAGUCAUUUGGUGCGCAAAAGACCAAAACAAGAUGAAACUGAUGGAACACCAAAAAAAGUUCCUAAACUUGAAGAAUCUACAACCCCCGAACAAUAAUUUGUUGCUACUACAUUAAUUUAUUAUUAUAUUCCUCAUACAAAUUAUACAUUUUUUUUAUGUUCAAAAUUAAGGUAAUAAUUUAAGUGUGUUAUUUUUAUAAUUUUUCUUUUAUUUAAAUUUAAGUUCCAUUACAUGAAAAUACAAUUAAGACUGCAAAUUUUUUUUACAUAUUAUUUACUUUUUGAAAAUUAUAAAUCUGAUAGCUGCACUUAUCUUUAAAUAAUAAACAUGUUAUAAUUUUACCAACAGUGGGUCAACUUGAGUUUGAUAUUGGCCCAAAAAUUAUCUUGAUUUAAUAUUAUAAGUUCUGUUUCAAAUACAUGCAUAUCAUUCAUUACCAUUAAUUUAAUAACAUUACCUUUUUUACUUAAAUAUUCUUGACUCAAAGUUGUUUUGGUCACUUCAAUAUUUGCCAGUAAUCUUUUAAUAUAAUUUUUUUAUUCGUUUUUUCUUGCAUUAUUUCUUUGAGAGCUGAAAGUUUUUGAUUCUCAGAUUUAUAACAGGUUAUUUUUAUUAACGUGCUAUUUGAAUCUACAAUAUUUUAAUUGUUGCACUAAAUGGGUUUUUUUAAAAAAUUUAAAGAUAAUUACUAUAUAUUUCUCUAACAAAUUCUUUAGAAAUAUAUCUAAUAUUUUCUCAGAAUAUUCCUAUUCACUGUAAUUGGAUCACGGGCUAUAUAUGUAAUUACCAUCUACAACAAAUUUACUUGGAAAAAAAAUUUUAGUUACCUAUAUACUAAAAUGAAUAGUAAAUAGCAUUUAUUAUAAUGAAUAUAAAUGUAUGGUACGUUCAUCAUUAGGUUGGGCCAUUUAAAUCACGGACUAAGAAUUAUUUUCUCAUAGACAUUCGUUACCAGUCUAUUCUUUCAUGAUUUAAUUAUAAUAUAAUUCAUAUUAAUAAUUAAUUAAUUCAAAUUUGUGAAUCCUUUAUGAAUCCUGUGAAUAUUAAUAAUAGAUUGCUCAACAAUGAAAAAUAAAAUUUAAGAUAAAUUACUUUUUACUUGGAUAAUAUUUGUUUCUUUGUAGAGCAAAGAAGCUUAUAGUUUUACUAAGAAAUUUAUUAUUUUUUUUUUUUUCUACACAACUUCUACCGGAAGACUUGCUCAGAUUGAAGUGUAACACCUUUUAUGAAAGGAAAUCAGUGUUGGGAGUCCGUUUUUUGAUUUUCUCAGGAGUUUUCUCUUCAAAUAUAAAAAACCAAAAUAACUGAGAAAAAACGGGGAAAUAUUAGAAAUGUAAGUAGUAGUUAAAAUUUAUUCCUGCCCUCUUUUUUUCUAUGCACAACUUUUCUACCAGCAAUUUUGCCCAAGCUUAUAAAGAUUACAAUGUUCUAAAUGAAAAUUUCACUAAGAAGGUGUUUUAAAGAGGCAAUUUUUUGAUUUUCUUGGGAGUUUUCUCAUAAAAUUUGAAAAACUUAGGAAAACUAGGAAAAUCAGUACCUAUAGCAUUAAACAAAUAUUAUUAAAGAAAAUAUAUAAAACCUAUUUAAUUAUUUUACAAUAAAAUUUAAUAUUGUUGACAAAGCAUCAUUAUCAACUGAACGCUACUCAGAAUCAUUUUUCAUAAUCAUUGGUUUAUUGUUGCUUACAGAUAUACAUUAUAUUUCCCCUCGUCUACCUUCCAACUUCUAACCUACAACAGUGGCCCACCCAAUUGCGAAAAUGA